AGCUUUCUUUGGCUUUCUCAUUGAUAUUAUUCAAAUGGCAGGGCCUCCCUUUUAAGAAUAUGCAUUAGCCUCAAAAUCAAGCAGAGCUUCCCUGUGAGUUCAUCAGAUCUUGAAACCUAUAAAUUCAAGACAAAAGAACAGCAACACUCAGUUUCUUAAAAGAGUUUUCACUGAAGAAAUGGAAAAGAAGACAGUGAUCCCCAGAGUGGAACUGGGAACUCAGGGAUUACAGGUAUCAAAGUUGGGGUUUGGAUGCAUGGGUCUCACUGGUGCUUACAACUCCCCUCUGCCAGAAGAGGAAGGAAUUGCCAUCAUUAAGCAUGCAUUCAACCAAGGGAUCACCUUUUUUGACACCUCUGAUGUUUAUGGACCUCUAACUAAUGAGAUCUUGAUUGGCAAGGCAUUGAAGGAGUUGCCAAGAGAAGAGAUCCAAUUGGCUACAAAGUUUGGCAUUGUGAGGGGGAGCCCUGGACUUGGUAUGCAGGUGAAUGGGAAGCCAGAGUAUGUGAGGGCUUGUUGUGAGGCCAGUCUCAAUAGACUCCAAGUUAACUACAUUGAUUUGUAUUAUCAGCAUAGGAUUGAUCAGACUGUUCCUAUUGAGGAAACUAUUGGAGAACUGAAAAAGUUGGUUGAAGAAGGGAAAGUGAAAUAUAUUGGUUUGUCAGAGGCGAGCCCAGAUACAAUCAGGCGUGCUCAUGCAGUGCAUCCCAUUUCUGCAGUUCAAAUGGAAUGGUCUUUAUGGACUCGUGAUCUUGAGCAAGAGAUUGUCCCACUUUGCAGAGAACUUGGAAUUGGAAUAGUACCAUACAGUCCACUCGGCCGGGGAUUUUUUGGUGGCAAAGCAGUUGUAGAAAGACUUCCUGAAAACACAAACUUGGCUCAACAUCCAAGGUUUACUGGUGAGAACUUGGAGAAGAACAAAGCACUGUAUGUGAGAGUUGAGAAUUUGGCUAAGAAACAUCAAUGUAGCCCUGCUCAGCUAGCUCUUGCUUGGGUUCUUCACCAAGGGGAUGAUGUUGUUCCUAUCCCUGGGACAACCAAAAUCAAGAACCUGGACAGUAACAUUGGCACUUUACAAGUGAAGUUGACAGAGGAUGAUAUGAAAGAGAUUACUGAUUUAGUAUCAGAAGAAGAGGUGGCCGGUGCUAGAACCUUUUAUGGAACUGCUGAAAAAUUCAUCUGGAAACAUGCAAACACACCACUUCCCAGAUUAGCUUGAGAUUCCAAAACAUGUCUUUGUUUCCUGUAUCUCAGUUUGGAUGAUAUAAUAAAAGUUUAUUUGAAUCA